GGCUAUCCGUCAGCGCUACCUAAAGAGCUGGUUUGCGGUGGACUUUGUGUCGUCCAUCCCUGUGGACUACAUCUUCCUGAUGGUGGACUUGGAGGCCCGGCUGGACUCAGAGGUUUACAGGACGGCCAGGGCCCUCCGCAUCGUACGCUUCACCAAGAUCCUCAGCCUGCUACGCCUGCUGCGCCUGUCACGACUCAUACGCUACAUCCACCAGUGGGAGGAGAUCUUCCAUAUGACCUAUGACCUGGCCAGUGCCAUGGUGAGGAUAGUCAACCUGAUAGGCAUGAUGCUGCUGCUGUGCCACUGGGACGGAUGUCUACAGUUCCUGGUUCCCAUGCUGCAGGACUUCCCCCUGGACUGCUGGGUCUCCAAGAAUAACAUGGUGAAUGAUACGUGGGGGAUCCAGUACUCCUAUGCCCUGUUCAAGGCGAUGAGCCACAUGUUGUGUAUUGGCUACGGUGCCCAGGCUCCAGAGGGCAUGACAGACGUGUGGCUCACCAUGCUCAGUAUGAUCAUUGGUGCCACCUGCUAUGCCAUGUUCAUCGGCCAUGCCACCGCUCUCAUACAGUCCCUGGACUCCUCACGACGACAGUACCAGGAGAAAUAUAAGCAGGUGGAGCAGUACAUGUCGUUCCAUAAGCUCCCUGCAGAUGUCCGUCAGAGGAUUCAUGAGUACUACGAGCAUCGCUUCCAGGGCAAGAUGUUUGACGAGGAGAACAUACUGGGUGAACUCAGCGAACCACUAAAGGAGGCGAUAGUUAGCUUUAACUGCCGUAGCCUAGUGGCUCACAUGCCGCUGUUUGCUAACGCGGACCCUAACUUUGUGACGGCAGUGCUGACCAAGCUUCGCUUCGAGGUGUUCCAGCCCAAUGACUUCAUCAUCCGUGAGGGCACAGUGGGACGCAAGAUGUACUUCAUUCAACACGGACGAGUCGGCAUACUCACCCGCGGAAACAGGGACACCAAACUCAGUGACGGGUCCUACUUUGGGGAGAUCUGUCUGUUGACUCGGGGCCGGAGGACGGCGAGCGUCAGAGCGGAUACGUACUGUCGUCUCUACUCCCUCAGUGUGGACAGCUUCAACGAGGUCCUGGAGGAACACCCCAUGAUGAGGCGGGCCUUCGAGACGGUGGCCGUCGACCGGUUGGACCGCAUCGGUAGGAAGAACUCUAUCCUGAUGAGAAAGCCGUCCCAGGCGAGUUCCAUGGCGGGGGGCAGCGGUUUGGGGCGUGGGGGUCAAGGAGGAGGGGGGGCGGGGCUAGCCAUGGGGGGGCUGGGCUCCUGUGACAGCAUGCUGGUUCAGCAGAUCGUUAAACACGACAGCAUGCCAGCCAUGCAGGAGGCCAUCGCUGCUGCCGCUGCAGGAAGGGGAGGUGCCACGGGAGGAAGUGGUACGGUCUCYCCUAGGCCCCACCCACUGAUCUGGGCUCCACUGAUCCACGCUCCGCUCCAGAUGGCGGCCGCUACGACUAACGUGGCCAUCGCCCUCAUGCASCAGCAGCAACAGCAGCUUCAACAUCAGCUACAGCAGCAACAUGCGCUAGGGGGCGCUAUAUUCCUCCCCUCCAUCUCUCCAUCGCCCUCCGUCUCCWUCYCCCUCUCCCCCCCGCGGCCCCCUGUCCUGCAGCCCCUGCGCCCCUCUGUGAGUUCCCUCAUUGGGAUGAUGGGGGUAGGAGGGAUGGGGGGGUUGUCCCCUAGAGGGGGGUUUCCUGCCUUCCCAUCCCCCUCACCCUUCCCCAUGGCCCCCCCGGGAGGUGUGAUAUCACCCCCUGUUGCUCAAACCCCACCCACACCRGCCUCCUCUGUCUCCACGUCGGUCCAAUUAGGAAAGACCCUGCACUACAGUSUCCGCCUCCACCCGGAACACUCUUCAGUGAUGGGUGGAACCCCAGGAAUCCCCAAGGUAGGAGGGGCCACCACACCCCAUCKGUUCUACCAYGUGAAUCCAACUGCAGCCACCAGUGUCAUGUCAGACACUUGCAGUUCCAUGGCUGGCCAGCAUGGGGCCAAGGAGGCGCUAUUGCGUCAYGGAGGCAGCAGCAACCAGGGCCUGCCUGCACUCGGGAGGCUCACCCAGGAGGCCAGGCUCCUCUCCRCCUCGCAGCCCACCCUGCCUCAUCGAUCCUGGGCAAGCAUGCAGCCUCACCCCCCUCUCCAGCGGAAGGCCUCUGGAGGUAACCUGCUGCCAGCCUCGUUCCUGGCUGGGACGCAGCUAGCCAGGGGUGGCAGUGUGGGGGUGUUGACUACUCCCCUACCAGUACAAGUCCCAGCACAACGGUUACAGAUGCCCCCCUUCAAUGCACAGAUACAAGCACAGAACCUGGGCUCUAUACAGCCCCUCCCUGAUCCUGYCUCUACACACUGCCCUGCACACAYACACACAGCCACACACACACAUCCCGUCGCUGUACCUGCAGCCACACCCACAUCAGCUUCUCCCCUGGCCUCCUACACUUCCUCCCGCAAACAAA